GUUGGUGGACCACCGGCGUGCGUCUUUGCAGUGUGCCGAUCGCCCCCGCCGAGCAAGAUGAUGUCCGAGAGAACGCUCCUCGUGCAUGACCCGCUGCGGCGCAUGGCGCUGCAGGCGAAGGAGGAGCCCCAGGUGCAUGUCGCUACCGAGCUCUCGUCCCUCCUGCGGCUGGCAGGCCCCAUGGUCUUGACACUCCUGCUCGAGUACCUGCCCGGCGUCACCAACGUCAUCUUGGCUGGGCAAAUGCCAGGAAGCAGCGUCUCGGCCAAGUACGUGGCCGCGGCCGCCAUGUCGAGCACGUACCUCAACGUCACGUCGAUUGCAAUCGUACUGGGCUUUGCGACAGCCGUCGAUACGCUCGGAUCGAAAGGACCGUUCAAGCGCGACGAGCUCCUACCGAGCGCGUGCAUGGCCUUCACCGCCAUGUGCGUGCCCAUCUGUCUUCUCAACGUUCAUGCAGCGUCCAUUCUGCGCUUCUUGGGCCAGGACCCGUCGCUCGCGCUUCUCGCGGGCGACAUCAUCCAGUGGUCGACGCUGGGUCUGCCGUUCCUCUUCCUGUACGAAGUGCUGAAGAAGCAACUGCACCUCCAAGGCAUCGUUGGUCCUCCGAUUCUGGUCGCUCUCACGAGCAACGUCCUGCACAUUGCGCUCGGAUAUGCGCUCACGCAGUUUACGAGCCUUGGUGUGGCGGGUGUCGGCCUCGCGCGGGCGGUUGCGUACCUUGCGCUGCCCGGUUUGCUUCUCUGGCACAUGCAGCGACGGGGCCUUACAUCGUCAUGGGCACUCCCGACGCGUGCGAGCGUCUGCACAUUUGCGCGAUACGGCCUCCCAGGCACGGCGACCAUGCAGCUUGAGUGGGGUGCGCUGGCGCUGCUCGUGCUCGUCUCUGGCCGGCUGCCCGACCCGAUCACGGCCGUCGGCGUCAAUUCGAUUUUCGUCACCUUGCUCUCACUCUUGUACGUGCUCUUUUACGGUCUCUCGCUUGCGAUCGCAGCGCGCCUGCGAUUUUUUCUGGGUGCCAACCGCCCGCGCCACGCAUCCGCGACCGUGCAGCUCGGCUACGCGGUGUGUAUUGUGGGCGCGACGGUCACAUGUAGCAGCAUCUUCUUGGGGCGCUCGCUGCUCUCGACCGCCUUCCUCGCGUACGAUCCUGCCAUUCUCACGCGGGCGACCGUGGCCGUGCUCUUUGUCAUACCGCUGCACUUUCUUGACGCGCUCAACGCAGUCUCGCAAGGCGUCUUGCGCGGCAUCGACCGUCCGGGCUCUGCGACGUUCGUCAACGUUGUUGCGUACUACGUCGUCGGCCUCCUCCUCGCAUCGUACUGCGCCUUCUUCCUCGAGCUCGACCUCGAAGGGCUUUGGAUCGGGUAUGCGCUCGGCCUCGUCUUUGCGGGCGGCAUCUACUGGGUCCUCUUGAGCCACAUCAGCUGGAAGCGCAUGGCCUUCGAGGCGUUCACGCGAGCCCAGGUCCCCCAUCUCCCCAACGUGUAGCGGCGCCUGCCACGAGUCGCCAUUUGAUUGGACCAUUCGAAAUUUUUGUCGCACUUGAUUGGUUGAUUAUUUCAAAGGGAUCGCGAGAGCUGAAAAUUGUGGA